UGCUCGUAUCAUAGCAACCAGCACAAACAAACUGAAGUGGAAAACAUGGCGACGCCGAGAGAGAAAGAAGCAGCCGAUUACCUUGAAAAACACAAAAUCAUCGAGCUGUUUGACAACCUUACGAGCAUGCUUUUCUUUCACAGACCGGAGAAUCCAAGAGAAUUUCUCAUAGAGAAGCUGGAGCAGCUGAGGAGCUCUAAGCUGAGGCGUGUGCCAGGGCCGAGCCUCUUCGACAGCUCCAAUGUGGACGCUCUCUUUGGGAUCCUGGACCCCAGCAAUCAAGGACACAUCACUUUUGCUCAAUACAAGGAGGCAUUGAUGGCCCUGGGCGUAAGAGACAUAAAGGAACAUCCUGAAGGGGUAAAUGAAGACAGGAUAUCCCGUGAGACGUUUGAAAGAGAAGCGACAGAAGGCCUGCAGAGAUGCUCAACAACAUAUGAGCAAUCUUAACUGUGACGUUAUUGUGUUACCAUGUUGGGCUGGAUUUUAAUAGAGAUGCUCUGACUCAGCUUGGGCUUUGUGCUGUUUCAAAUGUUUUUACGUAUUUGUUUCUAUGAAAAUGCUAGUGUUAAUAUGUGUACUAUGACAGUUCCUUACACAGUUUAGGUGUCACUCAUUUUAAAAAACUAAAGUCUGCACAAGUUUCGGGGCUGAAAUAUUUGUAAAUUACACCAUCAAGGGAUUGCGGAGAAAUCAGCAGGAAUGGAGCAGUUUUGGUUUGUUUUUGUAAAAUCUUCCAUCAUAUGUAAGCCUGAGGAACUCCAAUCUGGGAUCAAACAGUUUUAUUUUUAUUAAGCUGCAGACCCUCAUGUGAAAUUAUUUUGCCUUAG